CCGUGAGCACGUUCAAGCGGACAAAUUACUGGAUGCGAGGUCAAAGUAAACAACUGGUUCGAAGGCACAUUCCCAACUGCACCGUGCUCGUAUGAAACAAAAGCAAACCAGUCAGGCUAGUCAUUUUGUCUUUGCAAACGCAAAGCAAUGCAGCAAAGACAAUUGAAAUUCCGAUGAGAACGUGGCGCUGGUGUUACGACCAGCUAUCGGAUCAUAUGAACUCAGUGCCAUCGGAAUUCGAGUUAGUGCCGGUUGUGUAUGGCGACCGAACAAAAACAAGCGGACCGGUUUUGUUGAUCAGCACCUCCACUCUAUGCCAAAAUCGUUGCGCGGUGCUUAGUGAAAAGGUGCAUAUUUAGAAAUAUAAGUGAUUUCUCUAAGAAAUGAAAGUGAAGAAAGUUUGUGUCCUUAGUCUUUUGUGCACAUACUCCUUGAAUGCCCUUUUAUGUAGAUUUUAGCGAGCGAACGAAAAAAUUUAAAAUAUAAUUAAUUUAUAAAAAUUAUAAACUAAAAUGAAAACAACGCAACAAAAAAGUACUGGGCUUGCUAAUGCCAAGACGAAGCAAUGAAAAUUUUAUUUGCGUAAGUCGUACAACAUAUGCCAUCGCGCAGCUGUUUUAAUAUUUUGCAACAAACACCGCGUUGCUGAAGGAAUGAAAUUCAAAAGGUAAAGCAAUUGUAGUAAUAAUAAGCAAAAAACAAAAAACCAAAAAAUAAUUGAAACGCAAAAAAUUAAAAGUGGAAACUGGACUGCUGAACAAAUUUUUAAAUUGUUCACCGAUGAAGCAUAAAUAAAUUUUGCGCAAAAGUGUAUUAAACAGAUGCCCCGCGGUGCGAAAGUUAAGUAAAAACAGCUAUCAGAAGUAGGCAGCCGCAGCCGCCAGCCUAAAAUAAUAAAAAAAUAAACAUUGGAAACUUAACUACAAGUGCAAUAACAACAAGUGCAUUCGCAUUGCAUUCAAAGGCAAAGUUAUUGACAAAAGGUAAACAAUAAAGUCACAGUGAAGCGUUCCCGAGCAAAGCAGUUGCACGUGUCUAAGUGUGGACCUUUAAGAGGAAGCUCAUAUACUCGGGGUAAAAACAAACCGCUGCAACCUAGUGCAUACGCUUCUUGGCUGCAACCUAGUACAUUAGCCUCUACUACACCCCCUCACAUUUCGGCUGUGUGGACCGUAGAUGUGCCCCGGCUGAAACGUUGAGAAGGAUAGAAAGCAGCUGCAGCUGUUUCACUGUGUCAUCCAACUGACUGCCGCACAAAAUAAAAAGACUGCAUACAUACAUACCAUAUAAUAGCGUGUGUACAUAUGUAUGUCGAAAAAUAAUUAUGGGUGCGAAAUUGUGAAACAAAAAUAAUAAAGAAAGAUACACCGUGGAGAUGUUCAAAAUUUGAGAACUUUCAUAAAUUCAACCGCUUUACAAAACACCGGGAAAUAGACGGCGAAUUGAUAUAAAACAGCAGCUCCCACCCAUGAUGUACAUACAUAUGUAGGAGCUUUCAAGGCGUAAGCAAUAACUAAUUAUAAGUAACUGUCAAAGAAGCUAAAAAUAUAACAAUCGUUGUGCACGCGGUAUCUUCGGCGGAUCGACCAGUGAUCUUUUAAUAUUCUCUUAAAUGUUUGAAUUGUGAUAGAUUAAGUUGGGCUUUGUGCUGUGAGCGUUUUGGAACUAAAUCAAUGAUCAAUCAACGUCUUCUCCAACCCAAUUCACUAAGAAACGCAUAUGUUGUACUCUAUCAAUCAUAUGGCCCUCUCCCCUAUAAUAUUUAAGAUGAGAAGAUGUUCAUAAACUCUUCAUUUUGUCAAUAAUUGAAAAAUUUUCACACUUUACGCCUCUUGGCAAUCGUGACUUGGUAAACAUUUGCACUGGCGGCAUUUUUCUCCUUGGCACAUUUUAUUAUGAUGGCUCUUGACGGCAAGACGAUAAUUAAAGAAGAAAUUACUGAUAAGGACGUCUAUGAGGCUGCUGCAUCCAAUAAUUCUAGUCGACGGAACAAAGCAAAUUCUUCCUCCAACUCUUCUUCCGGCAAGGACUCGAGCAACAGCAACAACUCGUCGCAAACUAACGGCUGCACUGGUGCAAGUGGUAGCAGUGGGGUGAGCAACUCUAGUUCGAUUUGUACGAAUCCGAACGCUAACGGAGCGCGCAGUUGCCGCACCCCCGACUCCCCGGAGAGCGCACGUGCUAUUGCACCACGUUCACCUAUGUCACCACAACUGCAUCAUUCAAGCCUGGCCCCACCACCACCACGACCGAAUCGUAAUGCCAGCGCCUCACCGGUAGUGAAUGGAGCAACCACCACCACAUCACCGCCUCCACUCCCCACACCACCUACACAAGCGGCACUGGCCGCGGCCGCUGCUGCAGCUACUGCAGCUGCAGUGCAUGCUGAGCAGGCACGACUACUCAGUAAGAUACGUAAAUUCCUUGGUUCUCUGGUACAGUUAGCGCAAGAGAUUCAUCCCGAAGUGAGCGAUCGUGUGCGUGCGCUAGUGCUUUCACUGGUCAGUGGAGGCAUAAGCAUUGAUGAGUUCCGCCUAACGCUGCAAGAUGCCAUCAAUUUGCCAUUGCGCCCGUAUGUCAUUCCAUUACUCAAAAAUCAUAUUUCCCUGCUGCAACGCGAGAUCUCCGAAUUAGCGCGUGCCAGUAAUCAGACUACACUACAAUACGUUACCACGAAUGAGAAUGUUGUAAUGGAGUUUUCUCCACACGGGCCUUCUGCGGAAUACAGUGACAUGUUCGUACACAUGGAUGCUGCGCAGGCUGCUGCAGCGGCAGCCGUUGCCCAAGCUACAGCGUCCAACAGCGCCGGUACUACCAGCCUCGUCUUUAAGCGCCGAGCUUCGGACACUCUGAUGGAACACCACAAUGGAAUACAAGACUGGAAUGAUUAUAUGGCCGCUUAUCCACCUGCCAAGCGUGCUUUACACGCACAUUCGGCUCACUUAAGCGCCGCAUCUGCCGAUGCACGUCUUGCAUUUACCAGCCAACCAACCGUUUUUGAUUACUCGGCGGCAACUAGUAGCACGUCAGCAGUAACUCAAUCCGAGAACAAUUUCAACAGUCUUAUGGAGAAGGCAAAUCACAGGGAAGAUCGUGAUCUGCGAGUUAAUAUCGUUGCUGAAAAUGCAGCGCAACGACAUCCUUCACGGGUUGGUCCCCCAAGCACAAGCACUAGUGGGGGUGCUGCCAGCAGCGUCAAUACCACACUUGGCGGCGAAGAGGAAUGGAAGAAUAUACACACCAUGUUGAACUGUAUCUCGGCAAUGGUAGAUAAGACAAAACGGGCAAUUACCAUAUUGCAACAGCGGGGCGUAGAGCCCCAACAGCCCAACUACAGCGAAGUCACACCAGCAUCACUGGCCGAAAUACGACGUCAGACUGAAGAGAAGGUCGCUGAGUUCAAACGAAAUGCCGAGGAAGCAGUCAACCAGGUGAAACGUCAGGCGGUGAUUGAAAUACAGCGCGCAGUGGUAGCAGCUGAAACACGCGCAUCAGAAGUGAUGUCGCAGGAACGCUUGCGCAUGGAAAAGUUUUUCGUCGAGAUGAGUCGCCAUUCAGGCGGUAUCCACAAUUCCAGUACAACUAUCGCAGGUGUAGCAGCAGCAACGGUGCCAGCCGAACGUGAAUUGGACAACAAGUCUCCGUCGAUUACAGCCGGGCAAAAUGCUUGCUGGAAUUGUGGACGUAAAGCAACCGAAACUUGUUCUGGCUGCAAUUUAGCCCGUUAUUGUGGCGCUUUCUGCCAGCACAAGGAUUGGGAACACCAUCACCAGAUUUGCGGCACCACGCGAUCAUCUGACCUUUCUGCUAAACACAGUGUGUCCCAGGGGAUCCCACUUACGGCGAACAUGCGCGGAUCCAUCUCAAGAUCUCCGCCCAAUCAGCCGCAGUCAUCACAGUCAACGUCUCAAGUGCCGCAGCCGCAGAACUCAGGCAGCGGCAGUGUUGCGCCACCCAGUUCACUCGUGGCGAACGGGGUCAGCUCCAAAUGACGCAUUCGCAUGAUGAAACCGAAGAAAAAGUACUUGUGCUAGUCAAAUUAAACUAAAAAUUAAAAUAUGCAUAAAUUAAUUAGAAUUAACUACAAUAUAAACUACAUUUAUUGAUACUAUGUAUAAAAAUCUGCGAAAAAUUACAAAUGAGAACUUGAGAACGACAUUGAAACGCUAAAAAUAAAAGUAAUUUUAUUACAUCAGCCCAACAAUAUCAAAACCAUAAUCAAAAUAGACUUUAAAAAUUUAUUAUAUAAUAUAAUGUAAUAGAGGAGAUACAAUUUUAACGUUUGGUAUUCACUUAUACAAUUGCAGACUUCAAAUGUUAUUGAACCGUUUUAUGCACAGAUACUAAAUAUAUCACAAUAUGAGAGCACCCCUAGAGCAAUGUAGAAGCUCACUUUGAUUUCAAUGGUUGAAAAUUUAAAAUAUUCUCCGUCAUUGACUCAAGAAAGUUAAAAGUUUGUAAACCGAUUUAAAAUAUAGUAGAACUAAUAUUAAAGUAAUUAAUCUGAGAGUGAAAAACCAAAAACUAGAAAACAAAAGAAAUAUACGGUAAUUUUAGUAAUU